UUAGAUGACGUCAUCAAUCAAAUCUGAUGCUCCACAAUUUCUGCUCGAUUUGGAUAACUGUUCUUCACUUCCUCCAACACCGCCGAAAACCGCAUCUCCAGGUAAUUCAAAAAUGAAGGGCUUCAACAUCUCGGACUUGUGCCUCGACUUGGACAGCUCAACUUCCAGCUCUUGCUCCGUUUCACCAGCUUCUUCCUUCCACACCCGCUCUGAAUCAGUCGGUCAACAACAGUCUGGUAGAAAUUCACCAGUCUCAAGCUCCACCGAAUCACCAACCAAAAGACCAAAAUACUCGUACAAUGCAUUGAUCGCCAUGGCUAUUCAGAGCAGUCCAUUCAAAAGUUUGAGAGUCUCCGAGAUCUACAAAUAUAUUUCUUCCAACUUCUCCUACUACAAAAACCAGAAGCCACUUCAAUGGCAAAACUCGGUUCGCCACAACUUGUCUUUGCAUAAAGAGUUCCGAAAGGUUCGAACUUUGGAUGGAAAAGGCAGCUACUGGGCAAUGACUGCGGAUUUAGGAACUGAUGUUUAUAUCAGCAACAACUGCGGAAAGCUUCGUCGCCAAAAAAGCAAAGUGGCCAAGUUUCCACCAAUGCAACAACAUUUUCCAAUCCCUCAGCUUCCAACCCAAAACAUUCACCAACUUUGUAUGCAAAAUCCUCAAAUUCUUGCUACAUUGCUUCAAAAUAUGUAUCUUCAAAAUAUGCAAAACCUCCAGAAUAUCCCCAUGGUUCCUGGCUUUCCAAUAAUUCCAGUUCCCAUUAAUCCUACCUCCUUUCAUUUUCCUAAAAGUUCUUGAUAGAAUAGCCUUCUGAGUUUUUUGUUAAAUUGAUUGAAAUUAACUGUUGUCCAAAAUCAGUUUUUUUGUUUUUUCCCCGAUUUGUGUUUAAAUUAUUUGAUUUUGUUGGAUUUUGAUAAAUAUUUAGAAAACUAGAUUC